AUGCCGACGCUUCUACAUGAACAAACCCGAUCUCCUGUAGCUUCAGCUAAUGCAUUGGAAACAGCUGCAAGUUUGCAGAUCCAUCGAGGUCUGCUACCUCCAUCGCUCACGGGUUCAUCAGCUUUUCCGGAACAGUCAAACCAGAUACGAAGGAACCGUUAUGAUGUGCCUCUAAACAAUCGAUCAUUUCGCCGGCCAUUUUACAACUCGACAUCCACUUCUGUUGCUAGGGGUAUCACUAGUGAUCCCAUCGCAAUACCCUGGAAAGAUGCAGAGGAUAACACCAUGCAACAAAGUCAUCGAAAGCAACGCACAAGUCCAAGACGACGACUUGCAGACUCUAAAGUGCGUGCUCAGGCUUUUCAAAUGAGAGAAGAGUCUGAAGCCUUCAAUCACAUUGAAGCCAAGCACCUCGGAUACGGUUUGGCCGAGAUAAAUCGUUACGAGGGUGCCCCAACUUCGUUUGCACCUCCGUUUUCAGCAGUGUCACGUCGACUCCCACUUCCGAUGUCCCAGUCACCAAUCUACUUUGAUAGCUCCAUCACCAGUACGAACAAGGAAGGUUCGAGAUACAUGCGUGAAAUGAACCGAAUAACAACUUGGGAUCGUCGUGAUUGUCGUAGAAUGUGCUGUGUGCGUGCCGAUGACAUUCACGCCACCUGUGCAGUCUGCAACCUGAAUAAAUAUCGUGAACACGACAAAGAUGCACUAGUCAAGUCCCCGAAGAAAGCAAGACACAAGAAAAUAUCAGCAAAGGAGAUCGAUUCAGAGAAUGCAGCGCCAUCUUUCAAACUGCAAUCGAAUCGAAUCUCGCUGCUUCUGUCCGAUGACACUUUGAACUACUGCAAAGAUUGA